UUCAUGACCUGAUUUCUGUCAGUAGCGCGUCUCAUUCUUAUGGAGGACAACACGCUUAAGAUCCUGCAAAAAGCACAUGACGAGUUUAACAGUAAGAAUUAUGAACGAGCGGAGGAAUUGUACACACAAUUCAUCGAGUCCAGCACCAAAUCCAGAGAUUGUAAUGCUCAUGAUUUGGCUGUUGCCUAUAAUAAUCGAGGACAGGUGAAGUAUCUGAGGGUGGAUUUCUAUGAAGCCAUGGAUGACUAUACCUGUGCCAUACAGAUCAACAGCCAGUUUGAAGUGCCACUUUAUAACAGAGGAUUGAUACGUUACAGAUUAGAACAUGCUUUCUGCCGCUCUAUUGUGUUCCACAGAGGGGUGCUGUUUGAUAUCGUGAUGUUUUUUUCUCCUAAGGCUUUUUCAUGGAAGCUGAAAUUGACUUUCGGAGAGUCCUGGAACUGAAUCCUGAUUUUAAAGAUGCUAAAGAAAGUUUGAAGCAGACACUCCUGGACAGUGAAGAAAAACUGAAGAGAGGCUACUGAGGAGUCAUUGAAUUUUACAUUUUUAAUGUAAAAUUGAACUGUUGAUUCAACAAUAAGUGUUAUUGUCAUGGACAAUUUAAAAGCAUAUGAUUUUAAAUAACAUUCAACAUGUAAUGUUUCUAUAUUAUGUAGACUGAUGUUAAUUUUUUUUUUUUAAACAAAAUCUGCUAAUAGUCCUUCAAACUUUGUCAGGAUCUGAAUAAAAUGCAUGACAGUGUGCCUUUCAGAAUUUCUCAAUCACAGUGGUGCAAUAAUUAUGUAUAUAUUUUUUGAAUAAAGACAUUCUUUAAAA